CGAGACUAUUACCACCGCACAUGUCACUAUACAUGGAUCGAUCUGGGCAGACAAGAAGCUAACUGGACACGUUGACACUUUUUGUAUGUAACAACACUUGGAGUUAGACUUCUUGACUCUUUUUCAGUCAGUUGGUUCAUCAACAGGUUCGAAAAUGCAAAUAUAUGGCCGUAAUCACUUAUACCAGAUGUCGUCUGCAGUUUGACACUCGCCAACAGAGCUAGACAUUCAGCCUUUGUCCGCCGAGAAGAAAUAGUGUUCAGGAUAUUCUUAGAUAAAGUAUCGUUAUCACGACAAGGUGACAAAUCAAACGAUGCUGAUGACUAAAUAGGUUUGAUAUUUGAAGCGACGGAAGCACCAGCCAAUUAUUUCCCGCUUCGCGCGCGCGGUCUCCCAGUCGAACUCAAGCGAGUAGCAGACGAUAACUCGCGCAGCUGAUUCAGUUGUAUAUCUCAGUAUAAAGCCAGGAGGGGCUCUUGUCGGAUGAUGUCGGGAGCGCCGUAAAAAGUUGAAAAGUUUGAAUCAUCUCGCGGUGUAGAUGUUUGUUAGCUUGGCUGUGUUUCAUUUCCGCUGCGAGGUCGCUUGGUAACGGUGACAUUCCAUAGCAACACGAGGUUUCAGCAUCUUGACCACACAUUCGGAUCGCGUCGACUGGUUGGUUGUUUUGAAAACUCUAUGAGAGGAAGUCUGCAGGUUGCAGUCAUUACCCCGGCACGCUCAUUCUUAAUUCGCAGAUUUAAAUAAUUCCACAAACUGGCGUCACAUCCACACAAAAACCAACUGUUUGCAACUUUUCCAAAUUUGAAACCUUCAAUGCAAAGACGUCUACGUGUUCCCUGACGAUGUGUGCCUGUGUUGGAUUUCUGCUGUCGUUCCUAGGGACGGUGACUGUGACGAACGUCAACGCCUUCAAUAUCGACACUCGUGAUCCGAAAUUUUUUUCCGGUCCUGAGGGAUCGUAUUUCGGGUACACAGUCGCAAUUCUCUCGGAGUACCUAGACUAUCACGGAUAUCAAGAAAUGUGGAUGUUGAUUGGGGCUCCUUUAGCCGACGACGCAGACCUUCCUGAACUUGACCGCCCGGGAGUGUUGUACAAGUGUUCCUGGGCAUACAACUCGUGUGAGAGAGUCAAUGUGGAUGAUUCAGGAAAUAUUCGCCAGAUCGUGCCCAAGUGGAAGAACGUCACGCUACACCACAGUAAGAACAAGCAGUGGCUUGGGGCGACGUUAGACAUCAACAUGGACGGCGACAACGGUGUCGUGGUUUGCGCCCCGAGAUGGAGGGACAGGGAGUUUUUUGUUCAAGGUCAUGAGUUCAUGAAUGGACUGUGUUACGAAGGCACCGGUCAACUGUUGUUUAACGAAAGUAGUUCCUGGCCUGUGCUGGAGUCAUUCAGGAAGCAGAUUCAUACGCAAGGACAUUAUAUGUACGGCAUGGGAGCAAUGGGGUUUUCUGCGGAGUACUCCAAGGACGGGGAGUUUCUAGUGAUGGGAUCCCCAGGACUUAACGACUGGACAGGUGGAGUUAUUCGUGUGAGCGGUGGCCAUCAAUCCAGGCCAAAGAUAUUCGAACCAUCUCGGAGGAUAUUUAAUAACUCUUACAUUGGUUACGCAAUAACGACGGCCCAUUUGUCCUCUGACGCAGUUUUCAUCAUCGCAGGGGGUCCACGUGCCGAGAACAAAGGCAAGGUGUUUAUUUACGACUACAACUUCGACGUGAUGUUGGUGCUGGAGGGACAUCAGUUUGGCAGUUACUUCGGCGCAUCUUUAUGCGCAGCCGAUUUAAAUGGCGACGGCCUUGAUGACCUUAUUGUUGGCGCGCCUUUAUUCUCAGAGGUCACGGACGAAGGUCAAGUUUAUGUCUACAUCAAUAAGGAGUUUUUCAACCUGGAACUGGAAGCCGAGUUGUCGGGCUCGAACACCCCCGCCUCCCGGUUUGGGACGACUGUAGGUAACAUCGGAGACGUCAACAGAGACGGAUAUCAGGAUAUCGCGGUGGGAGCGCCGUUCGAGGACGGCGGCAGGGGCGUGGUGUACAUCUACAACGGAGCAAAGAGUGGACUACACAAGAAAUUCUCCCAGCGUGUCGCCGCAAGGGACCUCUCGUCCCGACUGUCCAGCUUUGGCUGGAGCAUCUCCCGACCCGUCGACGUUGACAAGAACCAAUAUGUCGACGUUCUCAUCGGAGCCUUCUCGUCAGACAGUGCAGUUCUUCUUCGCACACAGCCUGUCAUAAACCUUCAGGUUACCAUGGAGAUCAGACCACGUGUCAUCCGCCCGGAUGGACAAGCGAACUGUCUGUACAGGGGGGCACCUGCUAUCUGCAUCACGGCGCGGAUCUGUGCGCAGUACGACGGCAUCAACGUCCCGGAGACACUCGAGAUCGACGUCAUCCUGAAGGUGGACACGCUGGAGAGGCACCGCAAUGUCAGAAGGAGGCUGUUCCUGCAGGACCCCGGAAGUAGCCAGGAACGGGUGUCAAUGAACAUCCCCAUGAGACUGUCAGCUGGACGCGAUAUGGACUGCAUGCCAGAGAUUGCCAUCUUCACACGGAAAAGUCGUGACGUCAUCACCCCAUUGCAGAUGGAACUAGAUCACGUGAUCAAACCGGGUACAACUGGUGUGGACAGGCACUGUGAUAUUUGUGCUGUGCUCAACAUAUAUCACCCCCAGACAUUUAAAACACAGGCGAUGUAUGACAGAAGCUGUGGAUCUAAUAAUGUGUGCAACUCCGACAUUAACCUGAUGGCUGUGGCCAGGUACUCGCAGAACGACCGCUACCUGGUGAUGGACGACUCGCCCGUGUUUGAGAUCGAGGUUGACCUCUAUAACACCGGCGAGACAGCGUAUCUCACAGUCGUGACCUUGACCUUCCCCGACAGUAUCAGCUUCAGCCGAGUCAGGAGGGUAAUGGGAAAGAAUGACGUCACGUGCCUCUCUCAGAACGAGGCUGAUACCGUGAAUGACACCGCCAGAAUAGAGUGUGAUAUUGAGAGCCCUCUGGAGAAGAACGAAGAGGUGAUCUUUAGUAUCAGGUUCUAUUCGCCUAUGUUCCAUCACGACGACCUUGAGAACUACAACUUCACCGUCGUUGCGACGACAGCCAGCGAGGACGAGGACUGGGAGAACAACCGGGUCAAUGUCAUGGUCCCUGUCAGGAUGGAGAGCAAGGUCAAGAUAUCAGACGCUUCCCUGCCAGCCCAGAUGCUGUUCUCUCUUGACCCCAAGAUCACGGAGCCUGAAUGGCAGUACGUCAAGCAUGUGUACGGCGUCAAGAACUUCGGACCCAGCCUCUACCCCCGGGGACAGAUCGUCAUCCUCUUCCCCAUGUCCGCCUACAUCGCGUACGUCAAUCAUACGGUGGACCCCCCUAUGAGCAGAUGCAGAUGGACCUACACCUCCAUCUCUUCCGGUGGGUCCAGGACAACAGCUGGACCCACGCUGUUCGCAGCCAAUGAGAGGGAAAGCUACCGUGCGGUCGAGCUGGUGUGUACAGAGAGCGGCUGCAUCAACAUCACCUGCCCUAUAAAGUCUCUGGGUGUGGAUGAACAGUUUUUUAUCACCAUCAACUACAAGGUCAAAGUAUCCAUACUGAAAGACCUUGAGGUGAAGAGGGAGUUGCGCAUCAUCUCAAGUGCUGAACUGUUCGAGCCCUAUUCCGACAAGUUUAUAUCUCUCAGCAAGGACAAGAACGCUACAGCUACGACAUAUAUUAACGCAGAGAGGGUCGGUAAAAAAGGAUUCAAAAUCUGGAUUUUAGCCGUCAGCAUUGUCAGCGGUCUUCUUCUAUUGUAUCUACUGGGGAUCAUUCUCUGGAAGUGUGGAUUUUUCCGAAGAAGGAAACGAGAGGAGUUGCAAAAACUUAUCCAGACGUCGGAAUCGGAAAAAGAGGCAUUGAACACGGUUAACCUACCGGGUCAUGACCCCGUUAAUGACGUCAUGGUACUUCCGGCGAAUAAUCAUUUCACCCCUGCGCACGAAGAUGUAAAUUUCAACAAUAAUCUGAAUAACCACUGGCCGCCGCCACACCCAGCGUUCAGCAAUGACACAUACUUAGAACCCAUCAACAUGAAGUCAUAGGGGACCAGGACUGAAUGCAUCACGUCAUCUUGAAAUGCUCAUAGGUGCAAAACGGAGACCGUCCAAUCUUGGAAGAGUUCGUCGGUUGGGGAGGACUUUAUGGUGCUUUUGAACGCUUCCACACAAAGGGACGAGAGCGGGAACGAAUUAGACUACAAGAACGAGUAAAGUGUAAAGUGCAGGAGUCUCUGAUGGCGUCCGUUUUUGUCAUGACGUCACAGCCACGUGACUAUUCUGCCAUUGACUUGACAAUCGUAAUGCUGGAGUGGCUUUAGAAGGAUUUCUUUCACAAAACAAGUUAACCAGCUUACACGUUGAUUCAGAUGUAUUUGUUCCAAGUGAAAAUGCGACACCAGUGCAAUUAUUUAUGAGAUUGAGCCUAUAUGAAAUUGUUGCCUGUUCACUUAGAUUCAACAAACUAUUAUCCAGAUCGAGGUGACCAUUAAUUAAUUCUCUUCGAACAAAUGUACAAAUGAACAGAAUAGUAAUUUGGAGUUGUCCGAAAAUUCCGGCCCGGGCGAGUACUGUUAGAAAUGACAAAAAUUGUUGGAACGUUAGUGUGUCCUUAUACAUCGUUAAUCCGGACAGUUCUACGUUCGUAGCGUCUGGACUAAAGAGGUUUCACUAUAUACAAAACAGUAAGAAAACAUUAUAUCUUAACAAGUUAUUUUUGGCUUGACUAAGAUCUAUACAUAGUCCGAUCAAAAUCGCGUUACGAAAUCGACAGCUGGUUCGUGAACUGACGUGCAUAUUUCGGUCAAAUUGCAGGAUUUGCAAAGCAUGUGUACCGUUAACUUAGAGUCAACAGUUAUUUUCCAAAUCUGUCCAUGUUUUUAAUCAAGGUGUUCACAUGAUUUGAUGCACUUCGCGUAGUAAGGAGGGACAUAGAAGGGACAUAACUUGUAAUAGCCACGAUCAAGCCCAGAAAUCCAGCCUAGCUCGGCAUGGUUGGAAACUGGACUUUUUACAACUCCCUUGCCUCGGGAAGAUGAUGCCAUGCAGAAUUACCAUGUCUUGUCAUUAUAAUAUAUAGGGCAUUUGGAGGUAUUCCUUAAACAUUAUCGCUCACACUUUUAGACUUAUUUUUCUAUCAAUCGGCCCCAGGGACGUGUAGCACUGACAGGGUGUUUUCGUUUUUUGGUGUAUUUUUGGCAAUGUGCUGAUGUGACAAAGUGAAAUAGCAUGUUUUUAAACAUUUAUAAUUCCUGUCAAUUCGAGUCAAGUAGUCUGACAGUUAAAGCAUUCGCCUGUCACGCCAUGUACCCGGAUUCGAUUCCCCUCAUGUGUACAAUAUGCGAAAGCAAUCUGGUGUCUCCGUCGUGAUACUGCGAAAAGCGGCGUAAAAUCCUCACUCACAAACUCAUAAUAUCGAGAGUUUGUGUUUGGAGAUUUCACACAUAUAUUUAGUGUAUACGUAGGAAUAUAUUAUCCAUUUUUAUGCGGAAAACAUGUUUGUACUUCAAUAAUAUUGGUAUCCUGGCAGUGCGACAAUUCCCAGCGUCACCACCCAUUAAUCAUCUGUCCAUCGUUGUUGCGUGGGAUCCCUAAUAUAUAACAUUACCACAUACCGAGAUGAAGGAUUCCAUUAAUUGUCCAUCUGAAGCUGGUUUCAUGGUUAAACGAAACCACUUGUAAAUAUCACCGUAUUGAGUUCGAAAACAAUGAAUAACUGCGGAAAUAAUUAUUUUCAAACAUUUUUGUGUGCGAAAGUUGUGACAGUCAUCUAAUUGUAUUGUUUUAUUUGUCCAUAUUGUAUUUAGCUACUGUUUUAAUUGGUUUCUUUGUUAUCUAGACAUAUACAGGUUAUUAUUUAUUUCAGGUACAUAGUCACAACAUUAUCGUAAAAUACAACCUUCGGAUCUAUUUAGAUCUUGGAGUUGAAUUGAUUUUAAGGAUAUACAAUCCCGACCAUCUUGUAAUUCAAAUGCUUUCGACUUGAUUGAAAUUGUUAUGCAAAAUUAAGCAGAAAAGCAUACUGAUUUUAGAAUAAAAUAGCAAUUUCAAACAGUUAACUUUGAAAUUAUUAACCUAAGGUCCGUUCUACAAAACUAUCCUAACCAUAAAACGAUCUUAACUCCCAUACUUUAACAUUGACGUCCGACACUUUAUGGAAGGGGCGGUCGGGUAGCCACCUGGUUAUAGGUUUCGCUCGUCACGCCGACGACCCGGGUUCGAUGCCCGACAUGGAUACAAUGUGUGAAGCCCAUUUCUGGUGUCCCCUGCCGUGAUUUUGCUGGAAUAUUGCUAAAAGCGGUGUUAAACCAACUCACUCACUCUCUUUGUGGAACGUAACCCGGAUGUAUAACGGACUGAUUCAGGGAAAUGAUUAAGUCGACCAAAAUGAACACAAAAGUAUUGAUAAGUCGAAAUAGAUUCUUUAAUACGAAGUAACAGUAUUCACCCGACAGAAUCCGGAUCGUUCUCUAAUUCUCCAAUAUCGGCACUAUGCAUGUGUCAACUACGGAUUUCGCGAGUUAAAGAUGUUUCAAGUAUAAAUGUCUAUGUACCACGUGACGACCCUGCUACGCUUUGUGUCAGUAGCAAAGACAUGUCCCUCGCUGUGUUGUUUUAUAAUACGUGCUGUUAUUUCAUAAAUCACUGUUUGAUCAUCCUCCAUUAACCAGGGUAUUUAUCUCCAUUACGAUAAGUACCCUAAAGCUGUUCGCCGCCAUAGCUUUGCUUCGGAAGUGGCGUCACCAUCUCUUAUCACCAAUAAGAGUUUCUUUCGCUCAAAAGUGUGAUUUGAUUGGACGGCUAUUUUUAGUGCCCAGUCAAUCAAACCUGAUUCAAAACGAUGUUAUGGUAUAAAAUGGAUGGACGUAUUAUUUAUCAUAAUAGAAUGUAGACAUAGUACACUGUAUACUCGAGGAUGUUAUAUGAUGGGUAUAUGGGACUUUGAAUGUUUAAUUGAGCGAGUGUGUGAACGUUAUUCAGAAAGUAUAUUUGUACAUGCCAUGCUUUAUGAGGACUGAGAAUGGAGGUGAUGUUUCAAGAGCUAUUAUUUAUUUAUAUCAUGUUGCAUAAUGACGAUCCGGAACACAUUGAUACAUACGGAUUAAUUCUAUCUAUCGUUUGUAAAAUCAGUCUUCCUUUCGGAAAUGAAAGUAUUAAAGAAACAAACAUUGACACGGAUAUUAGCCCUGCGCAUGAAACAAGAGAAAACAGUCUAGCCGACUCUUUUACAAUGAAACCUUGUUAAUCUGGACCCCCUUUCUCGCUUCUCGGUUUAUAACUGUUAGAGGCGUCUAGGUCAAUAACUGUUAGAGGCGUCUAGGUCAAUUAACUGGUUGAGGCGUCUAGGUCAAUAACUGUUAGAGGCGUCUAGGUCAAUAACUGUUAUAGGCGUCUAGGUCAAUAACUGGUUGAGGCGUCUAGGUCAAUAACUGUUGUAGGCGUCAAGGCCAACAACAGUUAGAGGCGUCUACGGCAAUAAUUGUUAGAGACGUUUUGGUCAAUAACUGUAAGAUACGUCUAGGUCAAUAACUGUUUGAGACGUCCAGGUCAAUAACUGGUUGAGGUGUCUAGGUCAAUAACUGGUUGAGGCGUCCAGGUCAAUAACUGUUAUAGGCGUCAAGGCCAACAACAGUUAGAGGCGUCUACGGCAAUAAUUGUUAGAGACGUUUUGGUCAAUAACUGUAAGAUACGUCUAGGUCAAUAACUGUUUGAGACGUCCAGGUCAAUAACUGGUUGAGGUGUCUAGGUCAAUAACUGGUUGAGAUGUCUAGGUCAAUAACUCUUAGAGGCCUCUAGGUUAUAACUGUUAGAGGUCACUUGUACUGGGAACUGUCACGUCAGGAAUACAAGGUUUCAUUGUGUAUGGAUGUGAUGUGAAUAUUAAUAGAUACUUUCCUGCUGCAAUGUUAAAUCUUGCUAUACAGGUAGUCUUAAUAGUACUGAUCUCAAAAGUGCGGGGUCGAAAUAAAUUUUAAAUAGUAUUCUUAUACAGCCAUUGUGGAUACACAAUGUACUGAUUUGACUCAUUCUUGCAUUGAUAAUUAUGAUUCAAUAUUAUGAGAACAACGACCUCACCUGAAGCUCUUUACUAGGCUAGCUCUCCAAAAAAUGCGAACUAGGCUCCGGCUCUGGGCCCCGUUCCACAAAGCGAUCCUAGCGCUACGACCAUCGUAAACCAGUGUUAAAGUAUGAGAGCCACGAUCACUUUACCGCUAAGAUGGCUUUGUGGAACGGGGUCCUGGUCUUCAUAGAAAGUCUGGGUGAUAUCCUUUCUUUCUCUUGGAUUUCAAAUUUAUGACGUAUGUAUAAUUAAAGAUAAUGAUUGGCCUAGUUACGCAGGGACUCUUUCUCCGGUCCACGCGUAAAACUGAUAUCAACAAGGACUUGGCCUAGACUGGGAAAGGGCCCACCCAAUACCUUAGGGCGCAGUUCCCCGAGCCUGGUUUCAUGGCUAGGCUGCGCUUGCGCUCUGUGUAGGGCAAGCGCAGCCUAUUCCGGGAACCAUUCUGCAGUUCCCUUUGAAACAAGAUGGGCAGAAAACCGGAUGUAGAUUCUAAUUUAACCGGAUAUAGAUUUUAAAUAAAUUAAACCAGACGAGUGUUCUACGAGAACCGGAUAUUACUCGGCUAGUGAAAUGAGUCGUGACUUGUGACUGUUUUACUCUGCGAUGUCUUGAGUAACACACAGAAUCCAUUAAUGCCGGAAUGUGGGACAUCUGGUCACCACAUUGUACCAUGAAGUUGUGCCAAAUGUGUCUUUUAUUCCCUAUAUGUAUAUAUUUGAAAUAUUUGUAAUAUAAACAUUUUGUAUUUUGAACCAUGCGUACAUGCUCCGCUGUUGUGUCAGACUCUCACAUGAAUUGUUCAUAUUUUUGAAGGUUUUACUAUAAAUGACCACGUUUCUGUAAUGAUAUUACAAUCGUAUUAUGCAUGUAUUAUUGUGACGUAAUGUUGAGGUGAAAUGGGGUUUAACGUCGCGUUCAAGAUUAUUGCACCUAUAUAGCGACGUGCAUGCACGUGUGUGGGUGGGUGCUUGUCCAGUGCGGACAAAGGCUGGUUUUAUAGUGCUAUCUCACUGAGAUACCAUGCCGCAGUUUAACAUGAAUACGCCACUCAAACACAGGAUACUGACUCCGAGCCGACCAGUCCUUGUUCAUAGAUGUUCUAUCCCCCUUUAAUGCCGAGCGCCAGGCACGGAAACAACAAGCACUAUCUUAACGUAUUUUGGCAUGACGCGGCUGGGGAUCGAAUCCUGACUUUCCCCUAUGAGGUAAUAACAUGUUUGUUGAGACCAGAGUGAAAACUAUAUACGGUGCUGUAUAUUUUGAUAAAAAGAAUAUGUGUGGUUCACAAGCACAAGCUAUAUAGUUAUCAUAGCGGAAAUAGCCGAAGAAAGGGGAGUGAGAUCCAAGUCCAACUCAUCGUGCCAUUCCGGAGCUACGGGAUGAAGAGGUUGUGAGUUAGCUUUGAUUGUAAUUACACCUUUAAGUCAUGUUCAAACAUCGCAAGUUCCCGACAUGGCUGGGUGUGGGGUAUGUAUUAUAUACACCUGGAUACAGAGAAGCACCACCCCGUUUCUUUUAUGUUGUAUCUUGUACUGCCUUGUAUCUUUUACAAAUAUCUACAUAUGAAAUUGGUCAUAUUUUGCAAAAUGUCUAAUGAACCGACUAUUUUGAUAUUCUAGAGGAGGAGAGCUGGGAUUUUGAAUGGAGAACAUUUUCUUCAACUACAGCUGCAAAACCAGAUUUCUUUUUAAAAACACAAUUAAAACUAUGGGCCUAAAUUUGUUUUCCUGAAAACACAUUGCAACAAUGUACUUUUUUGUGGCAGACAUUAUUUUACUGAAGUAAAAUAUCUUUUUAAAGAAAUGUCGGGGUAAUUAAUUUUUAUGGAUAAAAUCCCAGCCAAAAAUGUAAGGAAAGAUCAUGAAAACCGGAACGUGACAAUUUAAUUAAUUGUUUAGAAGUCGGUAGAGAAUGAAGACAUGAAAUGUUUAUGUAUAACAACUUUUCUAUACGUUUUCCGCGUCUGAGGUACCAGUUUCCUUUUAAAAGGUAAAUGACAGUCCGAAUUAAUCCCCAGCAACCCAUGCUUGCCAUAAGAGGCGACUAACGGGAUCGGGUGGUGAAGCUCGCUGACUUGGUUGAGGCAUGUCCUCGAAUACCAAAUGCGUAGAUCUUUGCCCACUAUGUCAAACACUGGAUCGUCUGGUCCAGACCGCCAUCCUAUAGCUGGAAUAUUGCUGAACGCGGCAUUAAACCAAAAAUAUAUGAAUGACAGCCAUUCACAUGUUGAGAAGCACCGACAGGUCGUUAGAAA